UAGAUCCUACGUAAAUACGAUACUGUUUUAACAUGUUUUUGUCGGAUAAUUGUAAUUUCAAUAAUAAUAUAAAAAGGGAGGACUUGUAAGAAAUGUGCAUAUCACCAGGGAGUACAACUGAAUCAUUAGAUGAAGUAUAUAUUAACUUUGAGAUUGGUGUAGAAGGAGAAAGUUGGAUUACCACUUUACCUAACGUAAACAAAUCAAUAUCAACACAUAGAUUUGGCCGACUUAAAACCUGGCAUUUACAAGUAAUAAAGCCCGACAAAGAUGGCGAUCAUUUAGUUUCAACAGCUAUUAUUCUUGGAAAAACAGAUAUAGCAAUGAUGCUUAUAGAUUUAAUUCCCGACUAUAAGUGGUUAUCGAGGCAAAACAACAUGUUUCAAACGGCUCUUCAUAUAGCUACCCUUACAAACAACUUACACGUUGUCCGGAGACUUAUUGUGGCUGGAAUAAAUAUAAGUAAACAGGAUUGGGGAGGGAACACCGCCUUGCAUAUAGCGUGUCAGAAAGGACUAAAAGCUAUUGCUGCGGCGAUAUUGACGCCAGUCAAGUAUACGGAGACGAAAUUGAACUCAUACGAAAUCCCAUACCAAGCCAUACCUCAAAAUUUGGAAAUCAGAAACGCUGAUGGUUUAACAUGCCUUCUUAUAGCCGUUACAAACAAAGACCGGGAUAUCAUUGAUUUACUCAUUGACAGGGAAGCGGAUAUUAACGCAUUUGAUUUAAAAUCCGGAAAGACAUGUUUACACAUUCUUACAGAAUAUUGUGAUUGCGCAUUGAUAAAGUUCAUGCUAUCAAAGUCAAGAAUAAAUGUGAACGCUAAGACCUAUUCGGGAUAUACCGCGUUACAGCUAGCUAUUUCUAGAGGUUAUGACCAAAUAGUGUACUUGCUAAGAUGUGCUGGUGCAGAUGAAAUUAUAUCUGAUGAAGAAAUAAGUUCUGACUCAAGUGAUUAGAUUUAACUACUUAUAGAUGUAUUUUUCUCUCAAUCAAAUUUGUCUUUGUUGUGCUAUUAUUAUAAAAUGUUUCGUGACUACAUGUGUGAAGUUGAGUCAAACGAUACGUAACCUGAUUACAUAAACAGCCAGUUUAAAUUAAAUUCGAUCAACCAUAAUGAUAAUUCUACGUAUUACACUAAUGAUAUUACAUUGCAGGGUUAAUAAAUAAACACCUGCGAACGGUGGCAUAAAAGGGAAAUUGGAAAUCUUUUAAUUUCUACGUUCCUUUUAUGUCAUGAUACCUACGUGAUUACAGCAUUAUUGUUUACAUGUCAUUGUGUUCGAUCAAUUGACAAAUCUUAAAAUCGGAUAUCAUUUGUUUUCAACUUGUCAAUGAAUACUUCAAUAUUGAUUUCUAAUAUGUUCACGCUGCAUCACUAUGGAUGAGCCAAAUUAUUUCAAGAAAAUCAACCUUCAAAAAGUUGAAUUUAGAUUGGGACAUUCAAAUUGUGUUCUCUAUAUCAGGAAUUCCUUGUAAGCAUAUGACAAAUUCUCUCCUUAUGUUAAUAGCUUUUAUAGAGAACCAACUUAUUUGAACUGAACAUUUUCCACCAACUUCCAUUUCUGAUUAAGGUAUUAAAUUUAUAACUCAUCUGAGUUUGAGAUUGUCACCUCAUUUCAAUUCGAAUGUGUAUUCAAUUUAUGACACUUACAUGUUGUACAAAAUGCAUUUAUAAAACAAAGCUAAUGAAGAGUAAUAUCUUUAAUCUGUAAGUCUGUAUAGAUAAAUAUCAUCAGUCUUUAAUUUCGGAUAUGUUUAACUGUCGUAAAUUGUGACACGUUUUGUUUACAUUGCUUUUUUAACGCCUUUAAAAAUAGGCUUUACCAUGUAUUUAUUGAUCGGUGUCUUUGUAAAACGUGUGAUUUAAGUUUGCAAUAUCAAUGAUAUAUUUCAUAAUGAGCUAUUUCUAAAUAAAAAACUAUAUGUUUACUGAUAGUUAUACAAGUUUUUACAGUAAUUAGUAAUUUUACUUCAAAUAUGUUUAAAUGUAAUUGUAUAUGUAAUGAAAGCUUGUACGUGACACUUUUUGAGAGUUAUUUUUCGUACAAAAGAUUCUGUUUUGUUACGUUCUGUUCUGUACAAGUUGCUAACGGGAUAUACGGAAGAAUACACUUGAAUGAGAUAAAUACGACCGUGGCGCUAAAGAUAACAUACAUCAGCGGUAUAAAAUUUAGUUCUUUCAAGGCUAGAUCAUUUAAAAAUUAAAACAAACUUAUCUUAAAACGAUACAUUGUAUAUUUUAGGGGAUAAUUCCUUAACAUACUUUUCGAUUAUGAAAGAAAUUAAACAUGAAGCAUUUUGUACACAAAUCUUUAUUACUUUAUGCUUUACUGUUCACUUUAACUAGCCCAAAGCCUAGAAGAACUUGGGCCAAAAUCAAAACAAAUUGUCAAAGAAAACUUUAACAAAUGAACAUCAGCGUAAAACACGUUCAAAGCUGAAAUUCGAUAUUAUACAAAUGUUAUAAGAGCCCUUGAACGGAAGUAAAGCAUAUGCUUUUUAACUGAUGGGUCGAUACCACUUUACAAUUAACUACCGUCAAACCCAUUUUUUUUUCAUCUUGUUUAAUGCCUGUUUGUCUUAGGUUACGACUGAAUCUAAAAGUGGAUCAAAUAAAGUUCAGGACAAUAUUUUUUGCAAUUUUGUAAUUAUGUAAGCAAACGUCUUUAGACAGAUAAAAGAAAACAAUAUAUUAUUCAAACUUUAUCUUUGUUUAUGAAUAAAUAAUAACCAGACGAGAAGUAAAGAAAAGAAAAAAAUAUCAUGUUUUUAUCAUGGUCAUUAUCAAGUAAUAAUAAGGGUUUUUUGUUUGUGUGGUUUUUUCUUUUGUUUUUUUUUUGUUGUUGUUUUUUUGUUGUUGUUUUUUUGUUGUUGUUGUUGUUUUAGGGGGUAGUAUUUUGUGUUGGUGGACUUUGAAUUUUAAAAUACGUGUUCAUUUGUUAUCCUUAAGUAAUUAAACACAAACGGAUAGUAAGUCUAACAAAAUUUACUUUAAAAAUUUGUAUUGUUGUAGGGCACUAAUUCAUUAGUGUAAUGGUGAAUGCAUUUAAAUAUCAUAAUUUAAACAGAAAUUAUAUGUAAAUUUUAAAACAAAAGUACAUAGUAAGUCAUUUACUAAGAACAAUCACAAUAAAAACUAUUUCUAAAUGCCGAUUUGUUCUUUUGGUUGAAUUGUUCAAUCUUCUAUUGUACAGUGGAGCCUUGCUAAUCCAAACCCUUCUAAUCCGGAAUCCUCUCUUAUCUGAACAAAGUGUCCGGUCCCGAUUUUAUUCAUUCUAUUUUCAAUAGUAAAAAACCUUUCGGAUCCGGAACCUGUCUACUCCGAAUUCCGGACGAUUUUUUCAAUUUUUGUUUUUAUUUACUCUGAAAUUAGCCCCUCGGAUCCGAACAGAUAUUUGUCAAAUGUCACACCAAUAUUCAAAAUAACAAACAAUCGCACAUCUUGAAGAUGUUAACAUACACCAAACUGAUGAGAGUAAUUUCUCUUGAUUAACGGGUGAAACGUAUGAUCUGCGAAGGUGUGAAAGUUACACUUAGCUUGCCUUUAUAUCUACUAUAAUUGCUUAAUUGAUUGUUUUUCGUCACCUUCAAUAAAUAUUCUGAUACAAUGCAUUAGAAAUAUCUUUAAAUCUUUUGUAAUGAAUUUUAUAACACGUGAUUAAGUAACGGAAAUUAAUGGAAACCGUCAUUGAAUGUACCACAUUAUGUCACAUUACGGUGUUCAGUCAACAACACCGGCUAUCCUCGAUUUUUAAACAGUAAUUGGAAAUUAAUUGUCAGUUACUCGGUUAGAGAGUAAUUAGUUUAAGUUAUUUGUUGCAUACCAAAAACAAUUAACACACAGGUUUAAGAGAAUCAUUUCAGAAAAAAUGGAAUACUUUGAGUUAUAAGUUAUACAUAAAGUUCGUUGAUGCAUUUACAUGUAAAUGAUUACUGCGGCAACAACACAUUUGAAAUACAUUAUCUUUGAACUUGUUUUAAUCUUUCAUAAUUAUAUUGAUUUUUUAUUCCAGCGCAGUAUUUUAUUGUGUUGCCAAUGUUGAUUUAUUGACUAAUAAAAAGAUGUUUUCACUAAAUGUCACAUGGC